AUGGCUGCUGCCAUGUGGCCCGGCAAUGGCAGCGGGGCUCUGUGCCCUGUGGAUGCCGCCUUCGCCCAGCGCUUCCUGCCCGCCGUGUACCUGACAGUGAUCCCUCUGGGGCUGCUGGGGAACGGGUUGGGGCUGUGGCACUUCUGCACGGGGCACCGGCAGGGCGCCCGCCAGCCCCUCAGCCUGCUGGUGGGCAACCUGGGGCUGGCAGACCUGCUGUACGUCAGCACCCUGCCCUUCCUCGUCAGCUACUACCUGCGAGGCAGAGUGUGGCUCUUCGGGCAGGGCUGGUGCCAGACCACCCGCAGCCUCUUCCACCUCAACCUCUACGCCAGCAUCGGCUUCCUCACCUGCAUCAGCAUCCACCGCUACCUGGGCAUCGUGCACCCGCUGAAGGCACGGGGCCGGUGCCAGGGGGCUGCCUCUUCUCCGUGGCUCAGCGUGGCAGUCUGGGCGUGGGUCAUUGCCCAGGUGGGUCCUGAUCUUGCCUUCAGCAAGACGGAUGACACAGGGACGCGGUGCCACGACACGACGGGGCACAACAAGCUGGACGUUUACUUGCCCUACACCUUGGCUGUCACCGUGACCGGGUUCAUCAUCCCCUUCCUCAUCAUCCUCGGGUGCUACUGCCACGUGGUGUUUGUGCUCUGCAGGAACGACACCAUGGACCUCGAGCUCAGGAGAAGAAGCAUCAGACUGGUGGUUCUCGUGAUGGUUCUCUUCUCCAUCUGCUUCCUCCCCUACCACAUCUUCAGGAACCUCAAUCUGUUGUCCCGUGUCUGGCAGCUGCAAGGGUUCUGCACACAGGCUUCAAAGAACAUCUAUGUUUCCUACCAGGUAACCCGGGGCCUGGCCAGCCUCAACAGUGCCCUCAACCCCCUGCUCUAUGUGAUCACGGGCAAAGACUGCAUGUCACGGAUGAGGAGCAUCCGACAAAGAGCCAGACUGCAGCUGGGGACCACCUUCAGCAGGAACACCUCUUGCCAGGCAGGUCAGAGGAAGGGGGGCACAAUCCUUUCUAAGGAGGAGGCUUCUGAUGCGCUCUGAGGUACCCAAUGCCACCCCCCUACACAAAGGAUGCACCACUUCAGCUUGUGCUUGGCCCCUUCCUGGGAGCAGCCCCCACACUGACACCUCUUCUGCAGAGACAGUGACUGCAGUAUCAUGGGCUCCCAUCUGGCACAAGGGAUAGA